UGGUAGUUUCCUCUUUUGGGGUCCUUUUUUUUAUAUAAGCUUAUCUCUGUUUUCUUUUGCUGUUGAGCACUGACUGAAGUUCUUUUCGGCCCCUUUUUUCACCCGCAUUUCACUCCCAAUUAAGUUUUGAAAGGAGAUCUAAUUAGAAAAAGGAGAGAAUGUGUAGCUUAUAGUUGUAUUCUAAGUGGGUUGUAAAGAUAAUAAUGUUGGGACCUCUGGCCUCUCUUCUUCACUAGCUCAAAACCCAGGUGGUGUAUAAUGUAUUUAUAUAUACAUGAGAUGAUAAAUUUGUAACCUUGAAGUGAGAAACACAUGUGAAGAGGUGCCAAAAUAAGGUCCUUUCAAACAAAUUUCAAAGGUAUUUUAAUGUGGAAAAAACCCCCCUUCUUUUAAAUCAAAGUAUCCCAGCACAUCAAGCCUACUGUCCUUUCAUAUCCCCUUUUCAAGCCUAUAUAUUUGUAAUCUUUCUUACAGCCGUGCUCUGUGCUUUCGUGUAUUUGUGUGAAGGCAAAAAUUUCAGCCCAAGCAAAAAUGUUGACUAGUUUGCACAUCAUUCAUCCAAUACCUCUGUCAUUUUGAAUUUUCUUGGCAGUUUCCUUUUGGGUUUUGAAGCUUGGUUUGCAUAUUCAAAGCCUACAACCUUUUUUUCUUCUUUCUUUGAUGUGGUGCAGUUGUGUUCGAUUCUGGGUUGUGCUUUUCUCCCUUUCCUCGGAAAAAUUCUUUCGCCAUAUGGGAUAUACGGGGUUAUCAUGCAUUCUGUCCUAUUAAAAUGACAUUUGAGUCUCUUUCUAGAUCUGAGAAGAGUGUACUUUGCCACAUUUAUACCAUGUCUACUUACUCACUUUAAGGGUGCUUCGUUGUUGACAUAUUUGUGUCUCACUUCCCUUUUAAAGUAUCGAAGAAAGUUCUCAGUUAAGUUAAAUAUAAGAAGCCAUGGAAGAGACCUUUGUACCAUUUCGCGGAAUCAAGAAUGAUCUUCAAGGGAGGCUAUUGUGUUACAAGCAAGACUGGACUAGUGGUCUCAGGGCAGGCUUCAGGAUUUUGGCCCCCACCACAUACAUAUUUUUUGCUUCAGCAAUUCCAGUUAUUUCCUUUGGAGAGCAGUUGGAGAAGAAUACUGAUGGGGUUCUCACGGCAGUUCAAACCUUAGCUUCUACUGCCUUGUGUGGAAUUAUCCACUCCAUCAUAGGAGGCCAGCCUUUGCUGAUUCUUGGAGUGGCGGAGCCAACUGUACUAAUGUAUACAUUCAUGUUCAACUUCGCUAAAGAUAGACCAGAUUUGGGACCAAAGCUCUUUCUAGCAUGGACUGGAUGGGUAUGUGUGUGGACUUCAGGCUUACUUUUCCUUCUGGCCAUCUUAGGAGCUUCCUCCAUUAUCAAUAGGUUCACUCGUAUCGCAGGGGAACUGUUUGGCCUGCUUAUCGCAAUGCUGUUCAUGCAGGAAGCUAUCAAAGGACUCAUAGAUGAGUUUCGCAUACCAGGAAGAGAAAGUCCGACAUUAACAGAAUUUCAACCUUCGUGGAGGUUUGCUAAUGGGAUGUUUGCCCUGGUUCUGUCAUUUGGCCUCUUUCUUACUGCGUUAAGAAGCCGAAAAGCGAGGUCUUGGCGUUAUGGGUCUGGUUGGCUUCGAGGUUUCAUAGCAGAUUAUGGUGUGCCAUUAAUGGUUCUGGUGUGGACAGCUGUUUCCUAUAUACCAGCUGGAAGUAUUCCAAAAGGGAUCCCACGGCGUCUCUUCAGCCCAAAUCCAUGGUCACCAGGCUCAUAUGAGAAUUGGACCAUCAUAAAGGACAUGCUGAAUGUGCCAGUCCUAUAUAUAAUUGGAGCUUUUAUUCCAGCAACUAUGAUUGCUGUACUUUACUAUUUUGACCACAGUGUAGCAUCUCAACUUGCUCAACAAAAAGAAUUCAAUCUGAGAAAGCCGCCUUCUUUCCAUUAUGACUUACUUCUUUUGGGUUUCAUGGUCAUAUUGUGUGGUCUCAUUGGAAUCCCUCCAGCAAAUGGUGUCAUUCCACAAUCUCCAAUGCAUACCAAAAGUUUGGCUACACUUAAGCAUCAGUUGCUUCGCAACCGACUUGUGGAAACAGCACGUAAAUGCAUCAGGGAGAAUUCAAGCUUGGGACAAAUGUAUGAAAGCAUGCAAGAAGCUUAUCAACAUAUGCAGACUCCAUUGGUUUACCAGGAACCCUCAGCUCUGUGUGAUGGGCAGGGACUAAAAGAAUUGAAAGACUCAACUAUUCAAUUGGCUUCAAGCAUGGGGAAUAUGGAAGCCCCAAUUGAUGAGACUGUGUUUGAUAUUGAGAACGAGAUUGAUGACCUAUUACCUGUUGAGGUGAAAGAACAGCGGCUCAGCAACUUGCUUCAGGCCAUAAUGGUUGGAGGAUGUGUUGCAGCCAUGCCUUUCCUCAAGAAGAUCCCAACAUCAGUACUCUGGGGAUACUUUGCCUUCAUGGCUGUUGAAAGCUUACCUGGUAACCAGUUCUGGGAGCGGAUUUUAUUACUCUUUACGGCACCAAGUAGAAGAUACAAAGUUUUGGAGGACUACCAUGCAACUUUUGUGGAAACCGUUCCUUUCAAGACAAUUGCAAUGUUUACAAUUUUCCAGACUGCCUACUUGCUUGUUUGUUUUGGGAUUACUUGGGUUCCUAUUGCUGGAGUUCUGUUCCCUCUAAUGAUCAUGCUUUUGGUUCCUGUGAGACAAUACAUUUUGCCCAAGUUUUUCAAAGGGGCACAUCUUCAAGAUUUAGAUGCCGCAGAAUAUGAAGAGGUUCCUGCUUUAUCAUUCAACCUCACGAGUGAGAGGGAGCUGAGUAGGAGAAGUUCAUUUGUAGACCAUGGAGAGGUUUUAGAUGGGAUCAUUACUAGAGGCAGGGGAGAGAUUAGACGUACAUGUAGUUUGAAAAUGACAAGCUCCACUGCAACGCCAUCCAAAGAUUUCAAAAGUACAAAGAGUUUCUCAGACAGGGUAUGCAGCCCUCGGAUAACUGAACUGAGAGGGAUUCAAAGUCCACGAUUUGGUGGAAGAGGACCAUUCAGUCCAAGAACGGGAGAAGCAAGACAAUCCAAUUUAGGAAAAAGUGGUCAGAAUUCAGAUAUAAACUAGCUAGUAUUUGGCUUGAAUAUAAUGUCAAGUUGCCAAAAGAGAAGUGUUGGCAGGGAUAGUGUAAUAUGAAUGUAUAGGGAGCCUGCAAGGGGUUAUUCCUUGCUCUUUCCUCUUCCUUGAUGUGGGUUUUAUUGUAACAUGCUUUGCCAUCAUACAGUUAAUUACCAGGAACAAUAUUUAUGAAUUCUUUUAUUUUAUUUUC